CAGGGCGCACUCGUACUCGUGAAUGUCGGUACCUAAUUUGUAGCAGGCCGGGAGUCGAGUUGUAGCUAGCCCUGCGUUGUAGCUAAGUGCGCAACCGGUAACCUGCCAAAUAUGCAGGUAUUUUCCAGAACGCCUUCAGAAUCACAAAAUUUAUGUAACUGUCUGUUACUUUGUUGCCGUAGUUCUGUUGGCUUACCAAAUCAUGUCAACACACGAACUAACUGUUACUUGUUUUCGGUAUGAGGGAAAGGCUCCAUAAUCUAUUUCUUCAUUGACAUAGCUCUUUGGCGUCAAUCUAUGGAUCUUCCCGUAGCGAGAUUGCGACUAUGUUCCUAUGCGAGUUUCUUUGCUCGGAGUGGUGCUUGUCAUUGAGACCUAGGUACGGGAAACACUUUUCGUUUUAGUUUUCUGGUGAACAGAAAGGCUCGAAUUUGUGAUGGCAAGCGACAGCAGCAGUGAGAACAUUCCGACUGCGCUGUGGAAGAGAGUGAAAUACGGGUCCGUGUCGACAAGUGGCGAAGAGCAGUCCUGCGAUAGCUCAUCACGGUUGUCCGAAGAGGGCUUGCCACCACGAACUCCCAGCAAGCCACGCCGCACCCCGGAAGCGUCACGCAGAGCUCGGGAGCUGUGCAUUUUUCAUGCAACGUCCUUGGCCGAUGAUGAGCCUGAGCCUCAUUCCAAUCAGUUCGUGACAGCUGUUUCAUCGUUUGCGGAGAGGAGAAGAAAGCUAUCGAAUGUGCCGCAGGAGGAAAAUGUAACUGAUUCGUCCAGUGACGAUCAUGUGGUGGAGGCGGCCACAGGUGCAGAUGAUUCUGCAGCGAUGGACGGGGAACAUCACCCAUUCUCACAACAUUUUAGAUCCGCAUCAGGUCAUAGUAUGGAACCAUUCGAUUCACCUUGCAGUAGACGAAGUAGUAGCAGCAGUAGUGGAUGCAAUACCUGCGCCUCGCCCAGUGCUACUGCCAGUCCUCCACCUAGCCCGUCACCAAGCCAUGAAAAACCGAGGCCCAAAAAAAUGCCGCGGCAAUUCACCAUGUCCGAGAUGAUUGUUGAUCCUAAAGUUGAUUUAGCCAAAAAAAUGCAUUGUCAGCAGCUGUUAGACAAAGGUGAAGCUAGGGAAGAAUCACCUCUACCUACAGUUCGCUGUAUUUCUCCACCGGGUGCGCGGCAAGUCAUCAUUCGACCUGCCAGCAGCAGAACACUGAGAUCAGUAAGUUCACCGAUUGGUUGCCAAGCUGCACUUGCCGGUGUACCCACUGGGCCGGAUGGAAGUCCACGCAAUGAUGCAAAACAACGAAGUAUUUCAGUUACCACUAGUUUGGAUGGCAGAACAGGUGAGCCCUGUAGUUCUAACCAGUCGUCGCCACCGAUGCCUCGUCCAAGGUCUGCUAAAACACUAACUGCACGGCCAAACCGACUGACAACACUGCACCGCUCAUCAAGGUUUCAACGCGCUACUAGCACAAUGUCACUAACUGAGUCAACACCCUUUGAAGACGACACAAUGUUCUAUGAUGAGUAUCAAGCAGCUAAUGGGUCACGUCCACAGUCGCCUGAAACUUGUUCUCAGAAGCCGACUACAUUAGAAGUUCGACUGGAAGUUCAGAAGGGGGCAACAAUUACGAAUACCUGUUUGGAAUCGCCAACCCUGAAGAGACACAUUGCCAUGGCAUGCCAACUUGAUGAUUUGCUGGAGUUGAUGACCGCCUCGGGCUGGUGCCUUGUUAAGCUAGCAAAGCGUCACGAACCAGCAAGCGACUCGCCAAAGUUGACAAAGAAAAUGUCACUACAUGGUCUACGGUACAGCUCUGCACCACAAGCAAAUAUCUACGAGUGUUCGUUCCACCGAUGUGCCUUUAAGAGGCUUCAGAGUUUUGACAGCUGUUCAGCUGGCAACACAGGACGCUUCAGCCGAGACAGCACGGCGCUGGAUUUCUGUAGUCCGCCUGUGUCGCAGGCCACGCAGCAACGGUUUUCAAAUGCUAGCAGCGUCACAAACUCGUCCGGAUGCAGCGGCUACUCUAGCUCUAUGCCUGGGAAUAUUAGUGACGUGUCUUCCAGUGGCAUAUGCUCUCCCAUGUCCGAACUGUUUGGUGACAACCUUAGCGAAAAGAAAGCAGCUGAUUUACAGCUUCUCUUGCAGUUCUUUGACAUUCCUGUGGCGGCUAAUGGUGGUGGCUCUGCGCCUCAGUAGUAACAGCUGUCCUCUGCAGCUGGAGAGUACAAAGUGCUGAAGGGACACAUUUUGUUCACGCCUGAAUACAACAUGUAAUCCUUAGAUCCCCCCCACCCACCUAGACGGCUGCGCUCACUAGCUGAUCCCCCCCCCCCCCCCACCACCACCACCACACACACGUACCUAGAUAUUAUUGCUUUAUCCUCAUUCUACUGCCACUGCUGCCUUGCUAACUACCUCUAUAGAAUUUCGUAGCUGAGGCUUGCACAUUGAUAGUUUUGUACAGCGAAACGCUCAGGCAGCAACACUUCAAUUGUACAGAUAAGGAGUAGUAGAUCUUCAUUGCACAAUAGCAGCGGUUACGUAAUGUUUAGUACUACCCCCGCCUUAUACAUAUUAGGAUAUUUUGUUUUUGUAUGUAUUAAAAUAGUGAAUUUGUGAAUACAGAGAAUACUGAAAACACU